AUGGAAAAUUUACCAACGAAAAGAAGUUAUGAAGACGAUAGUAAUACACCGAAUGUUAAAGAGAGAAAAAAACAUAACACUGAUCGGUACUUAACCUAUGAUAUUUUAAGGAUUGUAUUUAAAUAUCUGAAUUGGAUAGACUUAUCGAAUGCAUCGAUGGUUUGCAGCGCUUUGUAUUUCAGAUCCUGGUUAGAAGUGGCAAAUGACGAAAAACGAACUAGGGGAGGUCCUAUUUGUUUAAUAAAUUGGGGAAAAAAAUAUCUUAAAGUUAUAGAAAAAUUAAGAAACAAACCUACAUUAGGAUUAGUUUUUAAAGCUCCACAUAAAAGAAAUGUUAGGCAAGAUUGUCUUUGUCAAAUUCUUCCACAAAGUUGUGAAAUUAUAACAUUGGGCACAUGUGGUAUACUUAUUGAAAAUGCAGAAAUGGAAACAAUUCUUGAAGAAAGAGUGUGUGCAUUCCUACCUGAAAUACCUAAUGUAACAAUCAAAGUAAUUACAAUUGUUUCAAAAGAUGAUUUUGCACAAUAUUAUGAACAAAUGAGACUAGCUCUUGCCAAACAUGGAAUAAACAGAUCUAAAUGCCUUCUACUAUUUUGUAAUCAAGCAGGUCGUGCUUUAGCACGAGAAGCUGCAGUCAGACCUUCAGUUUGGGGAGGAGUAGUCAAGGAUUUAUAUGUAUGUAAUUCAAAAAAUCCUAUUCAUGAUGAGAAAUGUGUUACAUUUGCAUAUUGUAUUGGAAUUACUAUAGUUGGAUCAGUAGAUUCAUGGUCUAUAGUUAUGGAUGAUGAUUGCAAUACUAAGGAACUAGUUGAACAGAAAUUGGAAUCAUUUAAGAAUCAUAUUUCUUUAAGGAAACAUUCCAUGGGUUUCAUGUUUGCAUGUUGUGAACGUGGAACAAAUAUGUUCAAUGAACGGGAUGUGGAGUCUACUAUUUUUAAAAAAUUAUUUCCAGAAGUACCGUUAGUAGGCUGUUUCGGUGAUGGUGAAUUCGGAGAAACUACGAUACCAAGCAGUAAAUAUAAACUUUUAUUAUAACUAUAGAUGUUAUUAUAAUAAUGAAAAACUCUAUAAUUUUAUUGUACAUUUUUUCAGAGAAUUUUAAUGAUACAAAAGAAUAUUGGUAUCAUGAAAGAUCAACUGUUUUUUUAAUAAUUACAUAUGGCUAA